AUGGCCGGACAAACUCAGGCUGUUCCGCCAUCGGAUGGCGAUCUAGACGAGCCCGUCAACUUUCUCACGGAGUUCGAGGGACACCACAUCGAGAACAAUGACAUCGAGGAGAACGACGAGGACAAGGAGGAGAUCGAUGAACUUGAACAGUGCAUCAUGCAUCUUCAGGACGACGCCGACGGCGACACGGUCCUUAGUGAAGGUGAGGCCGCCGAGAUCCUCUCCACCUACGUGCAGCAGAAGAAGACCUACACCCAAUCGAUCAAAAAUAAAAAGGCCAGAGAACUGGCCCGUGGCUACGGAAAGAGACCACCUCCGGGAGGACAUGAUCGAGGAUCCUUCCGGGACAAACCACUUCGACCGGGCUCGUACUACUCGGUCACCAUCGCCGAACUUCAGAAAAGAACUCGCUGCCGCAACUGCGGCCAGAUCGGACACUGGAAGCGGGACUGUAAGAAUCCGCCCCAGAAGAACCCGGACUUGAAGACCAACGAGAGCCACUAUUUGGAGAACACCGAUGAGGCCUUCUUCAUUGGACAUCUUGCCGAGGACACGCUGGACUUCGAACAGGACCUGACGAUCCUGGAGUCCGACGUCAUGAACCUGGCUACGAGGUCUUCUACCAGUACUGAGCGGCAUGGAGUGGCGACUCACCUGAGCCCGGCCGGUAGGACCUGGCAGCCAAAGGUUGGCUAUGCCACGGAUGCUGAACGCCCUCUGGAAAGCUGGCGUCACCGGCAACAGCCCGGCGACGAACCUGUGAGCUACACCCAGAUCUUGGAGGCCAUGAUCCAAACCAAAUGUCAGCACAAGGAGACACAUCGAAAGGGAUCGAACGCCUAUCUCACCAAGGUCACAUGCCGCACCUGCAACAAGGUCAUCAAGUCCGAGAAGAUCGGGAAAAAGGAAGAGGGGAACAAGUCCAAAGCCAGCACGACAUCCUCGAGCUCGGCGCCACCAUCCCGCCAGGGGAUUCCCUAUCCGGCGACUCCCCAGACCACCUCGGACGGCACAGAUCUGGAGCACCUGACCGACUACCAGGAAUUUCAGGAAUACUUUCGUUGGAAAAAACCAACGACCCCGAAGCUGGAACGGAGGCUUCGAGCUGCCAUCAAGAAGGCAACGGCUUUUUGGCGAGAGCUUCAAUUGCUGCUGGCUGAUACGCCUUUGCAGCACUGGGCUCAGGCCUUAAAUGACGAAAUUUGCCAGGAGUUCACUAUGAAUCCAGCCGGCACCAAAAAAUCUCGUGAGAUUGCUGAAGUCGUAUACCCGGAGAAACUCCGAUCGGCCAUCUUGAAGGCCUACAGCCAGUCCAUCAGCGUGGACCAUGUGGAAGUGGUCAGCUCCGAGAGCAUGCUGGCCGAGAACCACCGGCUGAACUACCUCAUGGACACCGAGUUUCGGGCCUUAAAGGACCUACAACGGGGAGUACCUGCUGGUCACACCGAAUGCCGGGACCCCGAUUCUCGAACUCUUGACGACCCAGAUUCUCGCCUACCUGACCUACAGGACUAUGUCACGGCCGAGAUCUUUGCGAAUGAGGAGAACCGAGAACCACACGACCCGGAGAACCAAGAGGACGAUGGGGAACUACAACCAGAAGAUGAACAUGAAGAAGGCGAGACACCGGAGAACUCAGAACAACGAUUACCACUACACUCCCGUUUUCCCAUGGAACGUCUUCUCCACCGAGCACACGUCGGCUUGGGCCACCCGACUUCGGAUAGAUUCGUGAGAAUCCUUCGGUACGCGAAGGCCAAACCCGAAGUCAUCGAAGCUGCCAAACACCUCCGGUGCAGUGUGUGUCAACGACACUCACAAGUGAAACCUGCUCGGAGAAGUGCACCGCCAAAGGAACUGGCAUUCAAUGAGUGCGUUGGAGUGGAUGUCAUCUUCUUACCGACGCUUGGCAGCAGAUCACGCCCCGCACUGAAUGUCAUCGACUGGUCGCGCAAAUUUCAACUCAUGAUCCCCAUGGACAACAAGAAACCAGGCAUCACGGAGCGCCAUGGCAAGACCUUCAAGUACCCCCUCCAGAAGACCAUGGACACCUAUAGCUGUGCCGACAUGAAGGAAUGGGAAGAAAUGGUCGACAUCACCAUGAUGACCAAAAAUCGAAUGAUGAACGUUGGAGGUUUCAGUCCCAGCCAGCGGGUGUUAGGCUUCAACCCCUUUCUGCCCGGAGGACUCCUCAAUGGAGACGACGGCCAUCGAGGACAACAACCCGAAAUCAAGGUCGGCGAUCUCAGUAUCGAACGGUCAAUGAAACUUCGAAAGGCUGCAGCACACGCCUUUAUAGAAGCAGACGCCAGCAACUCCCUUCGAAGAGCAGUCGCCUCAGGGCCACGACCUGUCCUCGAGUACGACAUCGGCGAGAUUGUCUACUUCUUCCGGAUGGGAGCCGACAAGAAACUGAAGUUCAAACCGUGUUAUUGGCAUGGACCGGCAAGAAUCAUUAUGAUCGACCAGCCCAGUACUAUCUGGCUAUCGUACCAGUCCCAACUUGUCAAGGCCAGUCCUGAACGAAUCAGGAGAGCUUCAAUGGAAGAAAACAUGGCCAUGUCAGGAUGGCUGGAAGACCUCGUGAAGCUGAAGAAGGACAUCACCACGGAGCCGAUUCGAGGUUUCCUGGACCUGUCCGACCAACCGCUCCCAGAGAUCCUUGACGAUGAGAACAACCAUGAAGAGUACACCCCGACCGAACCGGAUGAAGACCACAAGAUGAACUGGUCUAUGAUGACAGAGAACCACUUCCUGCAGUACCUGACGACCAACAACCGGGAGAACAUCAACAAGAUGAAGCCGCUCUCCGACCUCCAGAACCUGAACAUGAACGAGAAAAGAGGGCACAUGAUGAAGAAGAAUUGGAUGAGCGGCUAUGUCCUCAUGUUCUACGACAAGCGCAUGGAGAGCGAAAGCCGACCACAUAUGGUCUCAGAAUCGGCCAAGUCCAUUGGCACAGGUACCUCCUGUUAG